GCAGGAGCCUGGGCGGCGGGGGCCGCGCCGCGCCAUGGCCCAGCAGCAGAUGAGCAGCUCACAGAAGGCGCUGAUGCUGGAGCUGAAGUCGCUGCAGGAGGAACCGGUGGAGGGCUUCCGCAUCACCCUGGUCGACGAGUCCGACCUCUACAACUGGGAGGUGGCGAUCUUCGGGCCCCCCAACACCCUCUACGAGGGCGGUUAUUUCAAGGCUCACAUUAAAUUUCCUAUUGACUAUCCAUAUUCACCACCUACCUUCAGAUUCCUGACCAAAAUGUGGCACCCCAACAUUUAUGAGAAUGGAGAUGUAUGUAUUUCAAUUCUUCACCCACCUGUAGAUGACCCACAAAGUGGAGAGCUGCCCUCCGAGAGGUGGAACCCUACCCAAAAUGUCAGGACUAUCUUACUGAGUGUAAUCUCUUUGCUUAAUGAGCCCAACACAUUCUCUCCUGCCAACGUGGAUGCAUCAGUCAUGUUCAGGAAAUGGAGGGACAGUAAAGGAAAAGACAAGGAGUAUGCUGAAAUCAUAAGGAAACAGGUUUUGGCUACCAAAGCUGAGGCAGAGAAAGAUGGUGUGAAGGUCCCCACUACACUGGCAGAGUACUGCAUCAAAACUAAAGUGCCUUCCAAUGACAACAGUUCAGAUUUGCUUUAUGACGACUUGUAUGAUGAUGACAUUGAUGACGAAGAUGAGGAGGAAGAGGAUGCCGACUGUUAUGAUGAUGAUGAUUCUGGCAAUGAGGAGUCGUGACCUGCUCCCUCUAUGCCCCUGUACUGCCCUGUCAACUCAGGCCAGAAGGGAGCAGUGGUAACCUAGCAGCAGUCCAGCAAAAAAGUAGUGGUGGGAGGGGGGGAUCAAAAAAACUUUAUCUCCUGCUGUCUCCUGUUGUAUGGAUCUGUUUGCUCCUUUUUUAUGGACCUCUUAGAAACCCUCCACAGAAUGUUUAAGUUCUUGCAUUCUUAACCCUUUCAUCACUGUAUUAUGAUUUCUUUUUUAAAAAGAAAUUCCCUUUUUCACUUCUCUACAAAAUGCUCACAGCAAAACAGGUUUGCUUGUGUUUAGAUUCUUGAAUUAAAUACAGUCUUGCAUUGAGAUGUUUAAUGUAUUUAAAGCUGGAACAAACCCAUUGAAAGAUAGAUUUUCAGGAGCUCAAGUGCUGCAUUUACUGGGAAAAAAAAAAUCCACACAAAGCAUAUUGCCAGGGUUUAGCUGCUCCAUUUACAUUAAUAGCGUGUGUACAUUUGUUUAGCCUUGUGGUGAUGGCUUUUCCUUUAUAAGGCGUGGGGUGGAAAGUGUAAAGCUACUGUGUGUUGAGCUUGAUGGGAUGUUACUGAAAGGUACUGGAAUCUGUUUAGCCUGCUCAAAUUAGGAAAUAGCUGGCCCCUGGAUCCCCAGAGGGCACAAUCAGCUUUGUCUCUGAAAAGGACUUGUGAUAUGAACCCUAAAAUAAACACUUAACACUUCACAGCUGUACAACAGAGCCCUGGGUUGCAUUAUUUUUUUCAGACUUGGUUUGCUUUGGGUUGAAAAAGUUCCAUUUAGCCAUUCAGCUGGGAUCUGCUGCCAGCUGCCCCUCUACUGAGGGAGGAAAAGAGAAGUACAUCCCACUGCCCAGUGGCCCAGCAUUCAUCCUGAACAACUUUUUGGCAGUGGGAGAGUCUCCUUCUCCAGUGCUUGCUAGUAGCCCUUGCUUCCUGCAGCCCAAGUCCAGUGCUGGCCUGAGCCUUCUUUCUGUUGCUUAUGUAGGUCACCUGUUGGUAAACACAGCUCUGCUGUAGCUCUGUGGGGUUGGCAGAAGAUAAAGCUCCUUGGGGCAGACAGGCUGUUCCUGUGCCUGCAGUGGCUUCUGGGACAUAGUGCAGAGAGAUGGAUGGGUGCUGUGCUCUCUCCUGCCUGGCUGGCUGGGGCAUGGGUAGAUGUGUGCAGCCCCACAAAGAGAAGGGUACACAGUGCUUUUAGGCUGAAAGAGAAAGCCAGCAAUCAGGAUCUGACAGCCUAUUUAAGAGUAUGCUUCAGCUGGUGCCCUGAGCUCAGCCUCCUGCAUGUUUUUGGGAGCUCUUUGCAGAGCUUAGGGCCCUCAGCACCCUCACCCCAUUGCAGUGUGCUCUUAUUCAGCUGUAGUGCAGUGCCCUGAAUUCACCUUUCACAUGGAUAGGCAGCCAGCCCUGCACUUCUGCGCUGAGCCCUGGCAGCCCUGGGAGCAGAUCGGAGGUGCUGGCCCUGCUUGGGUGAGACCCUCUGUUCUCACAAGAGGCAGUCACCCUGAUAAGAACUGCAGGCUCAGACAUUUGGUAUAGCUUGGUGGUUUUAAUGAUACAUCACCAGCUGCAGUCCCUCAAGAGGUACUUUAGUAGAAGUAAACUUAGUUCUGUGAUCAGCUUGGUGGGAAGCAAGGAGCAGGAUGAGCGUGAGCAAGCUUCAAGUGUGUUGCCUGGAUGGAGAGGAGGGGAAGGCAGCUCUUGGGGAGUGGAGGAAGGCCUGUGGGGCUGUUUGAAGCUAUCAGAAUGUUGCUUGGUUGGGGUUUGCUGCAGCAAGGACAGUCCCUCACUGUCUGCCCCAGCUUGUGCUAGUGUGCCCUCAGCAGAAUGAAGGCAGCCCAAGUGGUAAUACCUUGUUCCCAGUGUGUUCUAUGAUGGUCUGCCCCCCUGCUUGCUUUUUACCUGGGGAGGCAGCUGGAACCCUCCUGAAGUGUCCCACAAGGGCUCCUUCAGGUCAUCCUUCCAUUAAGGACUAACAGCCCCUGGUGGUUUUUGGAGCCAGCAGUGGGCCCCCCUCAGGUCCCAGCUUCACACCAGCCCUGGGAGAGUGGUGCCAGUGUUGGCAAAUGGGUCCCUGGCAUUCCUUGAUGCAAGACUGGUCUCAAGGCCACACCGGGCCAGGAACAUCAGUCUCCAGCUUUGCAGCUUUGGGGGGUUGUUGGGGGCAUGAAGGAGCAGAGUAUGGCAACACUGUCUGUGCUGACUUUGUUUGAAAUGAUACUGCAUCUUUCAGGAUUUCCCUUGUAUUUUUGACUGCAUUCACUGUAUGCUCUCCAGUGAGUUGUAUUUUCAAGCUUGGUGUUGUAAGAUGCAUUAUCUCAUGUUAACCUUUUUAAAGACAAAAAGCAACCUAUUUUGAGAGCUCUGACCAUAACCAGACUAAUUUCUCUUCCCCACUGUCCUGUGCAGUGUCAUUGCUUGUUGACUUGCUGGUUUCAUUUUUUUGAGAUACAAACUGAAAUGAGGGUAUUGUGUUUGGUUUUGUUGGAUUUUUACCUAUUUAAGAAAAUGUGGAAAAAUGUUUACCUGAUCUUUGUAUUGUUUUCUUCUUAACCUUUUUCUCGUCUCAGCCAAUAUUAGUGUUUACAUUUGCAACUACCUGCCCUUUCAAAUGCAGUUUUCAACCAUUCUGAAACCAGCAGGGUACACUACAUUUCUUAGUAGCUUUUUUAGCUGAAAUCCCAGAUGGUUUCCUUUUUUUCUUCAGUACAAUUUAUCCAAAAUAAUUAACUGAUGCAUUUUUGUGUUGUCUUCCCCUUCAGUAGUUGUUUUGUCUUUUCUGCACAUCUAUUAAUAAAAAUGUGACAUGAAAAAAUGCCA